AAACCCGGCUCAAACGUGGCAACGAUGUCGGUCUUUGGACAGGACCCACACAUGAGACGCAGCGACGACACGCUUUUCCAGCUACCCAUACCGCUGUUCUAUGCAUAAAUUCCACACAACUGCCUUCUACAAUUGCCACAACCGUCGUUCCUCAGGUUGCGGUGCCCCCCACAUGGCUGCUGUCGGUGGACUCUUUCGAUCCAUCGUCUACGUAGGGUGCAUCUCCGGCUGCAACUCUGAAAUCGAGAACCGUCCCUACCACCGUAGUUGCGGCUGCGCGCUUCACAGCAAACCUCGCGGCAGGAACUAUCCUCACGCAUCUCCCAAAUCCACCAACGUCUCGUAUCCCAUAAGAAGGUCGAAGAGUGAGGGGUGGGUCGCCAUGACAGUUGCUUGCCGUUCUAAUACUUCACCGUCGCCGGUGGCUGCAGGGAGACCCCAUCUUAGAUUCAGCAUCGGAGAUCAGGAAGAAUCGUCUCACCAUUCGAUUUGACGAACUAAAUAAAUAAACCAAAUUUUUGAUCGGUCUGGUUGGAGGGAAUAAAAUUUUUUUAAUUCAAAGGGUUUGUCGUGGGAACAUUUUAAGAUUUGAUAUGCGUAAUAAAGUGUUCAUAUAUAAAUAUAAAUAAUCCUUCGUU